AUGGUGGGGGAUUCUUUCUCCCCUAUUGGUAUUAUCCCCCCUUUAUUGCCGUAUGUUACGAUUUCGUAUAUUCCUCCGCGAUCUGAAGAAGAAUCUAAAUUAAUCCAGGUACGACGACGAUUCGUCACCGAUGGGCGGGGACGGGGUGGUUUAAGCUACUAUAGAAGCAUUGAAUGGGUAAGGGUAAGGAUUGACCUCGUAGCUAAGAGUCUGAUGUCUUUCCUUGUGUGUCUAUAUCGAGCCCUGAUCAAGGUCCGAGGAUUACGUUGGCAGGGAAUCGGGGUGCGGCACGUCACGUCAGAUAAAAAAGGACGGGACGGAGGAGACCCUCUCUCCAGGCCCUUUCAUCAAAGUGACACCCUGCGCAUCUUUUACCCCGUGAAAUGCGGUAUCACAAUGUUCUUAGCUGUCGUGGGUUUAUUAUGGAAUUUUCUGUGA